AGUCCACCAAGCUUUGCUGCAUGUACCUAAGGAUUGCAGUCAGAUAUUGACGGUACGGAAGUUCCGUGAGAGCACAACCAGCUCGCUGGCGAUCGGGAUUCAACCGACUCGCGUCAGUUUCUGUCGGUAUUCUUGUGGGCAGCAUCUAGCUUAGCUCAGUGUGACCGCAAUUUUCACAGCGAAAAAUUGAGAAGAAGGGGAUUUUCCCUCGAGAGAACCAGAAGCAUUCAUGAUCUUUGAGUUCCUAUCCUGGGUCUUGAGACGGCAGAGGUGAGAAUGCGGUGUUCUCACUGCAUUUCCGGAAAUCGAGGGGCGUCUCAAGGUACGUACUCCCCACUCCCACUCCCGAAACUCUCGUCGCGGGGUUCUCAGCGAUGGAACGCGGGGCAUCGGCCAUUCCGCCGAGCUCACAACGACACAACUCAUCCAGGUUUAAUGAUAAGUAGUGAUCGUUCUCUGCAUGUCGAAAGCUUGAUCCUAAUAACUCGUUCGCUUCGCUGAUCUCUCAACUGUUGUUCAGCUUCAGCGAAUCAGUCACCCCACGUAUCCUUCAAAAUGUCGUCCUGGGCGGAAAGCAAGUCACAAAAUCGCAGUCUACAGAUUCUACAAGCCGCGACUGAGGGCAGAUAUGGAGUUCUCUCCGUGGUCAUCUACAACAUUGAGCAUCUCACUGCCGUUGUUCGCGCAGCAGAGGCCAAGAAAUCGCCUAUGCUGAUCCUCUUGUUCCCUCUUACGGUGAAGCAGCUCCCGACUCUCCCGUGGGCCGUCGCCGUAGCCAUCAAAUCAGCAAAGGUCCCACUUGCCCUGCAUCUUGACCACGCCCAAGAUGAACAGCAAAUCCGCGACAUCGCGGGAACGCUACCAUUCGACUCAAUCAUGGUCGACAUGAGCCAUUACGAUCAUGAAGAGAAUCUCGCCAAGACCAAGGUUUUGACAAGAGUCUGCCACGACCACAGCAUUGCUGUCGAGGCGGAAAGUGGACGCAUCAACGGCGGGGAAGACGGCAUCGCAGACACCGGCGACCUAGAAGCCCUUUUCACAAGCCCAGAAGAGGUUGAAGAUUUCAUCGAUGCCGAGAUUGAUCUCUUGGCACCCAGUAUCGGCAAUAUUCACGGAGACUACGGUCCCAAGGGUCCUCAACUCGAUUACCAGCGAUUGACAAAUGUCAACAAGCAAAUCAACAACCGCGUCCUCAUGGCUCUGCAUGGUACGAAUGACUUCAGCCCAGAGAUUAUGAGAAAGUGCAUCGACAACGGCGCCAUCAAGCUAAAUGUCAACAAGCUGCUACUGGAGGUUUGGAACGUCCAUCUGAGGGAGAACGCCAACAAACCACUGACGCAAUUGAUGGAGGACGGCAUGAACAUUCUGCAGAAGGAGACAGAAAGGUGGAUCGAUAUUUGCGGCAGCGCUGGUAAGGCGUGAUAGACUUGCAUCAAUCUCUAAAUGAUAGAAUGGAACAGCGUCGCACCUCGUUAAGAACGGAC